AUGAACCAGAACUACGAGGCCUUCGUUCGAUCAUACGUUGAGAAUGAAGAGAAGAAGGACCCGUACUUACGUAACCCAUGGAUAUAUAUCUACGCUAUAAUUUGCAUUGGUUUUGUUCUUCUCGGAAUUUCUACCUUCUCUAACGUCCUACCAGCAACUGUCUGUACGGUUGUUUCGAUUGUUGGAACCCUCAUGUCAUCAUUAGUAAUGGUGGUCUUCUGGGAUGUAUACCAAAAAGCCUUAAAGCAAAAUAAUGUUGAUGACAUUACAGAUAUAUCAACUGAGGCUAUGCCAUGA